CGGAUCAUUUGGUGGAUUUAUUGUCCAUCAAAUUGGUGCUCUCGUUGAGAGUUCGAGAAUCAUACUCGGAAGAAAUCCUCCACAACGACGAUGGUGCAAACACGUAGCAACGCCAACGUAGGUACCGGAGUUCCCCAACAGGGGGAGAACAACGCCACCGGAGGUCGGCACCCCCCCAUCACCACCGGGGAGGCUGAGGCCCUCAUUCAGAGGGUUGGGAUCACGACCGAACAAUUCAAGGAGGUGCUGGCCGCACUUGCGCCCAACUGCGAGGUAGUGGUGGGAGAUGUGGCUGGGGGACCCACAGGCGAGAAGGCUGGACCUGCGGGCUCCCAAGGAAAAAAGAAAAAAGUGAGGCAGUCCCAGAAGAAGAAGGCGACCAAGCCCAAUGGAAAGGCUAUGAUGGCAGAUGCGCUCUCCAGGCUGGAAGAAGAGGACGAGUCGUCCUCCUUCAAGCGGAUGUCUGCUUUUGACCGUUUGGGAGAUCCCAAGUCGAAGAAACCUCGGACCUCUGCGUUCGAAAGGUUGCAGGACACUCGGUCGGCCCGAAAAGGCGACUUGAGAGACACGCUCAAGGAGAAGAGAGGGGAGUCCACAGCGACCUCCAAGGUCGGUUCUGAGGAGCGACGGAUGACAAUCGGGGAUAAGGGUGCAGCCGAGCUGUGGAAAAUGUACGAACAACUGGAGAAGCGGCUGGAUGCCCAGAACCCCUAUCGCCAGGCGGUCUUCAGUGAGGUAACGCCCUUCUCUAGGAGGAUAAUGUCCUGCCCUCUCCCAGAUAAUUUCAAGACUCCCCAGAUCAAGGCAUACAAUGGGACGACAGAUCCCCAAGACCACCUCGCUCGUUUCGGGGCCAACGUGGUCAUGUACGCGUAUCCAGAAGAAAUCAAGUGUCGGUGCUUCCUGGCGACACUGGAAGGGCAGGCUUCGACCCAUGUCAGUAGAGGACAACUGGAGAUGCUGAAGAAUCCAUCCAAGGCACUACUCGACAAAGGGAAUGAUACCCCUCACAAGGCGACAAGGCAGCACGAGGACGAAACCAGUCACCUCGCACCACAUCAGCAGCAUGCCCCCACGUGGGCGCACGUGGUCUUGUCCCCCAUAACCUAGUAUAAAUACUCAUGUAAACCUCAGAAAGAGGGAUCCGAAUUCAUUCUCUCUAAACUCCCUUGUAAAAGCACCCGUGCAUUCUCCGUUAUAAUAUAGAUUGGGCUACAGG